UUGCUCCCCAAAAACAGUGACUCGUUCAAUAAAAACAAACAAAUUCGCGAUUAAACCUGGAAAAUAUAUUAAAUAUUCAUAAUAAAAUUUAUUUUGCUCAAAUUUUACACAAUUAAAAAGUAAUGUAAUUUAAGAAUUGAAUCGUUAAUAUUAAUAAAAGAAAUCCGAACAUGGCGUCAAAAAAAUUAAGAUUUCGUGGCGAUUUAAAUUUUCAAAAUCGCAUCGAUGACUUGUAUGAUGAGGUGGAUGGUGCAGCGGUUGCUGGCUUUAGUCACAGACGUUCUAGUGGGAGUGUAAAUACAAAUAAUAAAGACAGCAACGAUACAGCAACAAAAACAGCCAAAGAAUCGGAAGCAGGGGAAAAGGAGGCUCCUUCGUUUAUGGACUUUUUCAAAUUGGAAAUGACAAGAGGCUACUUACUAGAACACGAUGAGGAGCGCUAUACGGCCAGACGUAAAAAGAUUUACUCGUUCAUGCGUAUACCUCGAGACUUGGAACGUUUUAUGGUUUAUGGCAUCAUGCAAUGUGCCGACUCAUUUCUUUAUAUACACACAUUUUUGCCGGUACGUUUUGCUUUAGCGGUAUGGGGCAUGUUGACACGUCCUAUUGCUAGUUGUUUGGGCUUAAGAAGACGUACUCAACGCCUACUGACACCGGCAGAAAUCUGUGAUUUACUAAAGGGUUCUAUAUGGAUUACAGUGACACUCCUAAUGCUGUCCGUCGAUACGAAUCGAGUGUAUCACAUAAUCAAAUCACAAUCUAUAAUUAAAUUAUAUUUAUUCUACAAUAUGCUGGAAGUGGGUGAUCGAUUAUUAUCUGCCUUUGGCCAGGAUACUAUAGAUGCAUUAUUUUGGACUGCUACAGAACCGAAAAAUUCGAAACGUGAACAUUUCGGUUUAAUAACACACAUAAUUUUUACAUUGAUCUAUGUGGUUUUGCAUAGUUUUUUAAUUAUGUUUCAGGCCACCACUUUAAAUGUUGCAGUCAACUCCAAUAACAAGGGACUUUUAACCAUUAUGAUAUCGAAUAAUUUUGUGGAACUAAAGGGCUCCGUAUUUAAGAAAUUUGAUAAAAAUAAUUUGUUUCAAUUGACUUGCAGUGAUGUGCGCGAAAGAUUCCAUCUGUCCGUUUUACUUUUCAUUGUGAUGAUACAAACAAUGAAAGAGUUUGAUUGGAGCUUUACACAGUUUUGUGUAAUGCUGCCUGAUUGCUUUUCUGUGCUAAUCACUGAAAUACUUAUUGAUUGGAUAAAACAUGCAUUUAUUACAAGAUUUAAUGAAUUGCCGGAAUACAUUUAUCGGGAAUAUACUACAAGCUUGGCCUACGAUAUGACACAGACUCGUCAGAAGCAUGCCUUUUCGGAUCACUCAGAUUUGGUGGCUAGACGUAUGGGUUUCAUACCUUUUCCCUUGGCUGUAGUGUUGAUUAAAGCUAUUUACUCGGCGGUGUCAUUUAACAAUAUAGGAGCCUGGAUAUUGUUUUUGCUGGCUUAUGGUUUUGCUUUGGGCUUGAGAAUUUGCCUUACCAUCUGUGCUUUGGGUAAAGCUUGUAAACUAAUGAAGGAACAUCAGGAUGAGAAAUGUAAUUCAUCAACUCCUAGUUCAAUGACUAAUGUGCCACCGGUGGGUAGCAAUACUAAUACCGCCACAAUGGGCAUGCCGGGUGUAGAAAAUCUAUCAAGUUCGACGCCACCCAAUAAACAUAAUCGCUCAGAUAUGGCUACAUCACCAACACACCCCUCUACAGCAACAGUAGGGGGCAGCGCUAGUGUUGGAAAUUUUUCUUUACAAAGAUCGCUAACAGUAGACUUAACACCCAAAGAUAUGCUCAAUAUUUCAGCAAACACUUCUACACCCAAACAAGUGAGCAAAACUUCAUCCAACACUUCUUGCAACAGUGCUCCGGGUGUCUUAAAUAAAUCAACUCGGAACAUGUCUUCGUCCUCCUCAAAUACACCCACUUCUGCCGCCAACUUAACACACAACGAAAUGGACUUGGAUGUAAAGAGUUCUUUGGAAUUGGGAGCCACCGCCUUAUUUUCCAACAGUGAUGUGGAUUUAGAUGAUGUUUGUUUAAAUGAACACAUUUUAGAACCAAAUUCGACUUCUACUACAGCUGGUUUUGUAGAAGAAGCCUUAGCUAAAAGUGAACCAGACUUGCAACAAACUUCCAAUGUCACCAAAACACCCACCAUCAGCAGUCCUACAUCAGCAACCACUGCUGGUCAAACAAAGUUGGGUAGACGUACGCACAAGAGAUCUGAAUCCGAACCGAGCAUGCAAAGCAUUGUGGGUUCUUCGGAUUCCAGUGAAUCACAAGCGUAGUGAAAUUUGUUAAAAAUGCUUUCUUUCUAUUUCUAAACUUUCUUAUUUUGUUCUAUUUAAUGUUUCUACACGAUAAAGACAAUAUUUAUAUUAAACUUUAGUUUUAUUUUCAAAUGAUUUGUUUUUAGUGAAAUUUGUUAAUUUUUUUAUUUAACACAAUGAUGUUCUGCUUCUUAAAAUCUAUUACGUUAUUAGUUGGAAGAAGUAUUUAUAUGUCUUUUUACUAGUAAUAAAAAUGAUUUUAAUAAAAACAAUUGUGUUGCAGACUUUGUGCAGUAUGCAUAUGAAUUAAUUUAAAUUCAAAAACACUAA